GUCAUGGUUCACAGCUCCCGCAGAGUCUCUCACCUCUGUAAACGGGUCCAUCGCCCCAAGCCUCACGUGUGGACGACGCGACGGUGGGUCCGGUGGCUCAAACUGAGGAAAAGGAAAGAAAGAGAGAAAAGGCCAAGACCUGUCCAGAAGGUGGUGGCAAGAAGGAUCAGACAGAAGUUCUCCACCUCAGAGAAGCUUCACUGGCCUGAGCAUGAACUUGCUAAGAAGUCUGUUCUAAAUGCAGAAGAGCCAUUGAUCAUUGACAGCAAAAGAAGCUUUUCGAGUUUGUCCUCUGGAGUUCUCAAGGACACUUUUACAACUGGAACCAGUAGUUACAAUGUUCUACUACAGACCAAGGAGGAGAGAAAGCACCAUUCACAAAAGCAGUUUUCCUCUGCCUUCUCCAAAAGACGUAGAAAGCCCAGCAAAUCUCCUAGUUCCUCUCAUAGCAAAGAUCCUCACAGGAUGACAGCCCUGGUGCCCAUGACAAGCACUGGUACUUGGUACUGCCUGGACAGGCAGUCUGCUGUUUUUGUCACUAGUUCAGUACUAAGUCCUGUAAAGUUUACCCAUGAUAUCUCUGUUACAGGGAGCAGCCUAGCACUGCCACCUAAACCGAAAAGCAAAGUCAAACGCCGCAGUGUCACCCCUCUUCCAAAGCCAAAGCAGCAGCAGCCUCAGCUGUGUAGAAGCUUUGAGAAAGGAGAUGACCUUUCUGGGAAGAAGCUGUGUAUACUGACUGCUAUAAAGCCGAUUAACCUGGAGAAGGAAAAGCUGAGGUUCUUCAAGUCGGACUAUACUUACAACCCUCAGUUUGAGUAUGCCAAUACCGCUCUGCCAGGUGUGUUAGCCAAACACAGCAACGCCUCUGAUCGAUUUCUUAAGCAGUCCAUCAAUAUUAUGGAGCUGACUUUACAGAAAUACGGAAGUUAUGAAAAAUUUGAACAAGCUACUGGUGGUAGCUUGUUGUCUAAAACUCGAAUCUGGAGUCAUGUUAGGAAGUACAUGGUGAAGGAAGGCUGCCUUGGAGAGAUUGUAGUUCAUCUCACUGAAGACCUGCUUUCCAGGGCAUCCAUGACUGUAGUUAAUGGAUGCCCAACUCUAACCAUCAACAUUUCUACUGCUCGAGAGCACUGGCUGGAGGGAAUGCUGAGGCAUGAGAUAGGCACGCAUUACUUUCGGGGUAUUAACAAUCUUCAGCAACCGUGGAACAGUUGGAUUGGCCGCAAAAAACAUGAUCUAAAACCGAACAACCCUACAGAGGAAGGGCUGGCCAGCAUUCAUAGUGUUCUGUUUAGAAAAGACCCCUUCCUGUGGAGGGCUGCCCUCCUCUACUACACCGUCUAUCAAGCCAGCCAGAUGUCUUUUUGUGAACUCUUCAGAGAUAUUGGCAAGUUUGUCCAGGACCCUAACACACGAUGGGAUUAUUGUGUAAGAGCCAAGAGAGGGUGGACUGAUACUUCCCAGCCAGGGUGUUUCAGUAAAGACCAAGUGUACUUGGAUGGAAUCCUUCAAAUCCUUCGAUUCAGAGAGUCCAUAGACUUUCAUCUGCUGACUGCCCUGGGCAAGGUAUCUUAUGAAGAUGUGGAUCGUUUGAAAGGAUUAGCGGUUACUGAAAACAUGAGAGUCCCCCACUUCCUGCAGGACCACAGCCGGUACAUGGAGCAUUUAGAGAAGAUCAUGGAGGUCAAUGAGCUGACUGAUGCAGAGCUGAAAGGCCUCAUCUAAGCAGCGUCGGCGCCUCCACGGCUGUGAGCCGCUCAUCUAAGCAGUUUCAGUGCCUCCCCGGCUGCGGGCCGCUCAGGCACCUCCCACCUAUACCAUUAGAGAAGCGGUCUGGCUGAGCUUAGUUUUCUGAAGACCAGCCCUCAGUUUCCGUAUCCAGCUGAAAUUUAGGUUCUAUGUAGACCUGAAACUAUUUUCCUAAAAUGUUUCCAUAGACUGCAGUGGAAGCGGCUUCUGUCUUCAUCCAAAUCUCCGCAGAGACAAAUGAAGAUCACUGCUGACGGAGACCCCAGGAUGAAUUGCCAACUUGAGCACCGAGGCCAGCUCGGGGCUGGAGGUGGCCAAAUUCCAAGCUGUACUAUAUAAACUCUAGGGUUCUAUUUCCUCUGCUAAACAGUGGUGAUUGCUCUUCUAAAUUCUCAUUUUGUAACAUGUCAAAAGGCUAGCGAAAUCUAAGAGUUCUUAUUUUUCUUAUGUAAAGUAAUGUUAAAAGGAGAAUAAAAGAAAUUUUAAAACUUUUCA